GAUUGUGGUGGCAUGGGUGUUAGAGGAGAGAGAGAGAGAGAGAGACAGACAGAGGAUAGGGAAGGGUAGAGCCGUAUAGUUAGUUGCGUGGCUGCCUAUUCUAUUCUAUAGGAACUGCAGCUUGGGUGUGAGAGAUCUGCCAAGGCUUCCAACUGUGAAACAAUCUGCCCACGAUUUCCACCAUCUCCGAGCGCUGCUUCCUCCCUUAUUUCCUUUCUCCUUUCCCUUUCCCUUUCCAUUUCUUUUGUGAAUAGUUUAUGAUAUAAUUUAAGCUUAUACGGGGGAGGAAGAUACUUGUUUUCUUCGGUUAUAAUUUAAUUUUCAAAAAACAAGAUAGAGGCCCAGUGAGGAAGAGGGCCGGAGAGGCAAUUUUUGGUAUCGUAUCAUACGAUCUUCCUCCCUUCUCAUUUUGUUCGUCUUUCUUCGAUCUGCUUUUCUACAGUCCGGAUCUUCAAUUGCUUCCCUCACUCGCCCUUUUCCCUACAUUCAAACGUUUUGUGAUUUGUGAGUAGGACGGAAAAGAAGGGAAUGAUGGUGAUGGAGAGCGAGAAGAAGUUAGCGGCAGUGUCGGAUGUCGGAGCGUGGGCCAUGAACGUCAUCAGUUCCGUCGGAAUUAUCAUGGCCAACAAGCAGCUCAUGUCCGCCAACGGCUAUGCUUUCAGCUUCGCUACAACUUUAACUGGGUUCCACUUCGCCGUAACCGCACUGGUUGGUCUGGUCUCAAAUGCUACGGGUUUGUCCGCAUCAAAGCAUGUUCCUAUGUGGGAGCUUCUCUGGUUCUCAAUUGUUGCCAAUAUGUCAAUCACAGGGAUGAACUUGAGCCUUAUGCUCAACUCUGUCGGAUUCUACCAAAUUUCAAAACUUAGCAUGAUUCCGGUGGUCUGUGUGAUGGAGUGGAUGCUUCACAGCAAACGGUACUCAAGGGAAGUCAAGACGUCUGUUGUAGUCGUGGUACUUGGCGUGGGUGUUUGCACAGUAACCGAUGUGAAAGUUAAUGCCAAAGGUUUUCUAUGUGCCUGUGUUGCAGUUUUGUCUACAUCUUUGCAGCAGAUUACAAUUGGCUCCCUGCAGAAGAAGUACUCAAUUGGAUCAUUCGAAUUGCUGAGUAAGACUGCCCCAAUUCAAGCCCUCUCUCUCCUCAUUCUUGGUCCAUUUGCUGACUACUACCUUACCGGCAGAUUUAUUACAAACUACCAGAUGUCUUCUGGUGCCAUUUUUUUCAUACUUCUUUCAUGCUCCCUAGCAGUGUUCUGUAAUGUGAGCCAGUACCUAUGCAUUGGGCGCUUCUCAGCUGUCUCCUUCCAGGUUUUAGGUCACAUGAAAACAGUGUGUGUCCUCACACUGGGGUGGCUACUCUUCGAUUCAGCAAUGACUUUCAAGAACAUCAUGGGGAUGAUUCUUGCUGUCCUCGGUAUGGUAAUUUAUAGUUGGGCUGUGGAGGUUGACAAGCAGUCAAACACGAAGACAGCCCCCCAUUCGAAAAACAGCAUGACCGAAGAGGAAAUCCAACUUUUGAAAGAUGGAAUGGAGAGUGUUCUUGUGAAGGAUGUUGAACUACUUGGUGAGUCUAAAGGAUAGGUUGCCCUAUUUUUGGCCAGCAAGGAGAGAGCAAACGAGGGGAAGGAGGAUAUUAUUUGUGGCUAGGGAUUACAGGUAUUUUUAUGCGUUUCAAUUCAUUUUAGUUUGUAUUGCUUUUACUUUCUGGCAGCAAGACUUGAUAUUCCAUCUGCUGACCAUCACACGCAUCCAUCUUAGAAAUUGCCUUAUGCUUCUUUGAUUUAAUUGUUCCGGUCUUCUAAAUUAUUUCUUUUUGUACUCUUAUGUUCGAAGAUCCGGAGAUAAAAUCAUCAUGAGACAAUUGAAAAUGUAAAAUCCAUAUGAUAAUUGAAGGCGCGUAAUCUAUUUAUUUAUUUAUU